ACUUGGAGCGUACCAUGCGACGACUCCGAAAAUUUUGCUAACAUAACCUCUGUGUUUAUUGUGUUCUUCAAGAAUGGCGCUCGACCUUACUGUCAAAGUUCAUCCCGUUGUUUUAUUUCAAAUAGUAGAUGCUUUCGAGCGUCGAAAUUCAGACUCUCAAAGAGUUAUUGGUACUUUACUAGGAACGGUGGAAAAAGGAAUUGUUGAAGUAACCAACUGUUUCUGUGUACCACAUAAAGAAUCUGAUGAUCAAGUUGAAGCUGAACUAAGUUAUGCUAUGGAUCUUUAUGAUUUAAAUCAUAGAGUGAAUGCUCAAGAAAAUAUUGUUGGAUGGUGGGCUACAGGAAAAGAGGUUACAACUCAUUCUUCAGUUAUUCAUGAAUACUAUGCACGAGAAUGUAAUAAUCCAGUUCACUUGACUGUCGACACAACUUUAAUUAAUACAACAAGAAUGGGAAUUAAAGCAUAUGUUUGUGUUCAACUUGGAGUUCCAAAUGGCAAACAAGGAUGCAUGUUUACUCCUACUAAAGUUGAGAUAACUUGUUAUGAGCCUGAAAUUGUUGGACUUCAAUUAUGUCAAAAAACACAAGCAUCUGUAAAAUCAGGAAGUGGUGUUGAGCCAAUGAUGGAUUUGGCACAAAUAGCUGAAGCAAGCUCAAAGCUUUCAGUUAUGCUAGAACAAGUUCUCGCUUAUGUUGAUGAUGUUCUUGAUGGAAAACAACCUCCAGAUAAUCAAGUUGGUCGAGCCUUACUUGAUAUGGUCCAUUCUGUUCCAAAAAUGACUAGUGAUCAAUUUGAUGAAAUGUUUAAUAGUAAUGUCAAAGACCUCUUGAUGGUUGUGGCAUUGUCACAAUUAAUCAAAACUCAACUUCAACUUAAUGAAAAAUUAACUCUUCUUACGACGUUGUAAGUAUUAAAAUUAAACAAUGAAGAGAUACACAAUAAAGAA